UUAUCUGAGGGUCUUAGUCCUUUUCCAGCUUGCCAUGGCGAUCGGUAACAUCAGCUACGUUCCGCCCUCCAGGAUAAAACGGCCGAAAAGUAUAGACGACACCGAUGGCGGCACCGAAUCGGCGGAACAAGAACCACGUACCGAAGAUGCCCACUGCGACCUUUCGAAGGUUCCGACCGAGGAAUUCGGGAUCGUGACACGCCCGGAUCCCGUAUUCCCAGAGUACACAUCGCUCAGAUCCCGGAUUAAGUCAUUCGGGUCGUACCCCCACCAUUGCAAGAACAGCCCUCUUGAAAUGGCCAAGGCUGGUCUCUUCUACAACGGUUUCGGCGAAAACGAUCGCGUCGUCUGUUUCCAGUGCUCUGGGGCACUGUACCUGUGGGACGACGACGACGUUCCCUUGGAAGAGCAUGCCAGGUGGUAUCCGAGCUGUCCUUUCGUACGGCUGGCCCUGGGUCAAACAGGAGUUCAAUCGGUGAACGAGGCUCAUCAAGAAGCCUUGGAGAAGGCCAGCCAGCUGGAUGAAUCCGAUAAAGACUUGGAAGUUCUGACGGAUUACUACAGCAACCGGGAGGGGGCUCGGUUCUUCGAGAGCUUUGGUAUCACCAAGGCUACGCUGUACAACGCCAUGAAGGGAAUGCAGGAACGCGGAGAAGACAUCACCGACCAGGACCUGGUGGAAGCUGCCCUUGGCAAUUUGAUCACUUUCCAAAAGCAUCCCAUCGUUCAAACUGUGCCGGCAUCCGAAGAAGUUUCGGUCUGUGCAGUGUGUCGUCAAGAAGAACGAGGAAUCAUCUUCUUUCCAUGCGGUCAUGUGGCGACCUGCGUCAACUGCGCUGCGGCUACUACGACGUGCCCCAUUUGCAGAGGACUAAUCGCCGCUUCUAUGAAGGCCUUUCUUUCGUAAUACCAAAAGGUAUCGCAAAGAAUGUUCCACCAAGCUACACCAAUUAGGGCAUGGUAUUUUACGGAAUCGUAAACGCCCUUCGAACAACAGCGCACCCGUGAAACCUCUUUUCGAAUCCCUCUCGUGAAACCGAAAACCGCUUGGGAACCCAAUUUCUUUUAAGAACCGUAAUCACAACGUAACCGCAAUUCACCAUCGGCAAUUAACCAAAACCGUAACCUGAACCGAAGAAUGUGAUAUCGGUUGCCGGUUCAUAUAAAUCGGUUCAAGCGUGAACGCGAAGAAUUUUGGAGGCGAUAUUUGUAUCUUCGUCAUGUGUUUUUCAUUUUAGAAGGUGUGUAUACAACAUACCAUCUUAUGCGCUUGGACCCAUAAUCGGAUCACAUACGACGAUGGUUCCAUAAGUUUCCGGCCCGACCAACUUUUAAUAGUCAUAGAGACGAAACAAGUGUAUCACUUUGCGACACAGUCACCCUUAACUUCGAUGCACUUUUGACACCUUUCAACUAGCAUUCUUAUACCCUUGAAAAAAUAGUCCGAAGUUUUGUCCGCAAAAUGCUGGAAAACUGCCUCUUGCACCUCACUAUCGUUUUGAAAUCUCCGCCCUCUGAGAUCCCUCUUCAAGUUUGAGAACAGUAAGUAGUAACUCGGUGCCAAGUCUGGACUGUAGGUGCAUGGGUGGUGGAUUUCUUCGAAGCCCCACUCCUUCAGUGCAGCCUUGGCAACAGAAGCCGUGUGAACAGGAGCAUUGUCCUGGAGCAACCGGACACCUCCACUCAACCUGCCGCGCCUCUUUUCCUUGAUGGCGUCUCGCAGUCGGUGCAGGAGUGAAGCAUAAUAAGUCGCACGCACUGUGGUGUUCCUGUCUUUGAAGUCGAUGAGGAGGAUCCCGUGACAAUCCCAAAAUAUUGUUGCCACGAUCUUCUUUGCGGAUUGUGUGACCUUGGCUUUUCUUGGGGGUGCUUCUCCUGGUUUGCACCAUUCCAUCGACUCCUUUUUCAAAAGAGGAUCAUAGUAGAGCACCAUAGUCUCAUCACCUGUGACAAUUGACUUCAAUAUUUCUUCUUCGUUCUCUUGACAGAGCUCCAAAAACUCUUUGGCGCAGACGACGCGCUGUUGCUUUUGAACUGACGAGAGAAGUCGUGGCACCCAUCUCGCACUGACCUUUUUCAUGUGAAGGCCCUC